AUGGCUAAACCUGGAAAGGCAGCUAAGAAGGCUAAGCAACUCACCAAAGGUCAUGUUGUGACGAAACUUGAGAAAAAGGCAAGACCUUCUAACAGAAAAGGGGGUGACCCCGAAAAAAACCCUGAUGGGUUUUUCAGUGUAUACUUCCAAACGGCGAUUUUAUGGAAAAGUUUUUUCCUGGAAAAAUCCGGGAAAAAACCCAAAUGGUUUUUUUCCAAGCAUACCUGAAAAAAAACUCAAGGGGUUUUUUUGGUACCUAUUUUCCCUGAAAAAAACCCCUUACCUUUAAAAAUGAUAUAUAAAAAUUUAUCGAUAAUAAAUAAAGAGAUAUCCACAGAAAUCUAUAAAUAAAUAGAGCUGACAAUGCUUAAUUUAAUGUAUUAUAACCAAAACAAAAUAAGUAAAUUAAUAACAUAGUAUGCGAUCAAAUUUGUGAAAAGUACUAUUUUUUUUUUUUUUUUAAAACAUUCCCUGAAAAAACCUAAUAAUUUUUUUAAACUGAUAUGCUUGUACAAGACAUAGUGUUCAAAUGUGUUCCCAAUGCACACAUAAGAUGGGUCAAGCCAAUUAAAAUGAUAUUUUCUAGCUCAACGACUUAAAAUUCAUAACGAGGCAUAUUGCUUAUGUAAGUCUAAAAAACUAAAAAGAAUGGAGGAAAAAACCCCAAAAUUUUAGCUAACUCCCCCCAUCCUUGAUCGAACGAUUGACUGUAAAAAUUCCUAAAAAUUGGAGAAAUUAACCCCCCAUCCUUGAUCGAACGAUUUUCAUAUCAUGCAACUUUUAUAUAUAUAAAAAUAUAUAUUAGUUAUCAAAAGCUUGGGAAGAUGCACCUAAUGAAGUUGUUUUCAGGGACUUUGAGACGACAGAAAGCUUCGAAAUCAACUAUCCGAAGUGAUUUAGUCAUCAAUCUAGGCUUAAAAAAUUAAUAAUCUAAUAAAAUAGAGAUCUUUAAAAUUUUAAAAAAAAAAAAUUAAUUUAAUAAGGAACAAAUUAAAAUUUAUACAGUUUAAAGGGGUAACUAAUAAAUCAAAAAUAUUAAAAAUUGGUAUUUUUAUGAAAUUAAUUAAAUUUUUUGCUGUAAAAAUAAUUAUUAAAUGCCCUUAACCCUCUUAUUUAAAAGUAAAUAAAAAAAUAUAUAUAUAUUUUAUUUUUAUAUAUAAAUUUUUUUUUAACCCCCAUCCUUGAUCGAACGAUGGCGAGUCGUUCGAUCAAGGAUGGUGGGGGGGAGUAAGGGGUUUUUUCCUGGAUUGUUUUUUUAAAAAAAAUUUCUUCAGGGUUUUUUCCAUAAAAAAAAAAACCAAAAUUUUGGUUAAUGGGUUUUUUCCUCCAUUCUUUUUAGUUUUUUAGACUUACAUAAGCAAUAUGCCUCGUUAUGAAUUUUAAGUCGUUGAGCUAGAAAAUAUCAUUUUAAUUGGCUUGAACCAUCUUAUGUGUGCAUUGGGAACACAUUUGAACACUAUGUCUUGCACAAGCAUAUCAGUUUAAAAAAAUUUAUUAGGGUUUUUUCAGGGAAUUUUUUAAAAAAAAAAAAAGAUAGUACUUUUCACAAAUUUGAUCGCAUACUAUGUUAUUAAUUUACUUAUUUUGUUUUGGUUAUAAUACAUUAAAUUAAGCAUUGUCAGCUCUAUUUAUUUAUAGAUUUCUGUGGAUAUCUCUUUAUUUAUUUAUCGAUAAAUUUUUAUAUAUAUCAUUUUUAAAGGUAAGGGGUUUUUUUCAGGGGGAAAUAGGUACCUAAAAACCCCUUGAGUUUUUUUCAGGUAUGCUUGAAAAAAAAAACAUUUGGGUUUUUUCCCGGAUUUUUCCAGGAAAAAACUUUUCCAUUAAAUUCACCGUUUGGAAGUAUACACUGAAAAACCCAUCAGGGUUUUUUUCGGGGUCACCCCAGAAAAGGGAAGCUCAGCAAACGCACUGAGACCGUAAGAGCUGUGAUCAGAGAUGUCACUGGGUUUGCACCUUAUGAAAGAAAAAUUCUUGAACUUUUACAGGCUGGCAGCUCCAAAGAUGAAAAGAAAGCCCUCAAAGUUGCAAAGAGAAGGGUUGGAACUCACAGAAGAGGCAUGCGCAAAAGAGAAUACAUGAGAGCAGUCAUGCAGAGAUUACGCCAUAAGUAA